AUGCAACAUACAUAAACAACAGACGUGUGCAGUGUUGUGUAAAAACAACAUUAUAUCAUACAGGCCUAAUAAAAUGUUAUAAUAAUAUGAGAAUAAAUACAUAGACUACUGAGCAUGUCGCUAGAGGCUAUCAUUGGGAAAAGUAGGCACUGCACAAAACAUGCCAUCGGAGUUAUUGCUGGUUAAACAGUUCAGACGAGUUUACAAACUUGUUUUUCCAUGAUUACUUUCACAAGCGAAGUUGUGAAUAACUAUUUCUGUAUGCCUGCCUACAAAUGCCCUUCUAAAUAUGGCUACUUCUCAUUGACAACUUUUUCCUUGAACGACAACUAAACUGGCGCGUGCGCAAUACCAAGGCCCGAGUCCCCGAUACAAGAUGGCGGAGAAGGUGGGGAGGGAGAGGCGGAGGCGGGUACGGAUUGACUAGAGCAAAGCCUAUACAGGGUUCUCAACAAACCUCUACAAGGACAGGACAGAUGAGGAGAGAUGACAAGUGAGAAUCACACAACAGUGAAGGGGGACACCGCUAUGGUGAUGUCUCCCACAGGCUCUGCCACACAGGGGUCUCCCGUUUCACCUUCAACCAGCAAACCAAUGCCAGAGUUGCCAGACGAGCUCGUCCAGGCAGGCUGGUCGAAAUGCUGGAGCAAGCGGGAGAAUCGGCCCUACUGGUUCAACCGCUUCACCAAUCAGUCGCUGUGGGAGAUGCCAGUCCUGGGGCAGCACGAUGUCAUUUCUGACCCGCUGGGUUUGAACGCUGCCCCAGCCGAGGGGACAGGCGAUGCCGGCGUGGGCAACGGGCAGCGCAAGAGACGCCUGUCAGAGGAGGCCGCCCAGGGGGGUCCAAACAGCUUCAAGAGGCCCAAGAUUGAGGUUGGUAUACCUGUAACCCCAACCACCCCCACAGUUCCCAUCUCACCCAUUACCCCUGGGGCUAAGCCAUGGAACUCUACCACAGGCACAGAGGACAAGCCAGGGCAGCACUCAAUGCCCGCACCGGCCCCAUACCGUCCCACCGUAAUAUACUGGGACCUGGACAUUCAGACGAACGCAGUGAUCAGAGAGCGAGCCCCCGCCAACCAUCUACCUCCCCACCCGGAGAUGGAGCUCCAACGCGCCCAGCUCACCACCAAGCUACGGCAGCACUACCACGAGCUCUGCUACCAACGAGAAGGUAUUGAGCCCCCACGGGAGUCCUUCAACCGCUGGCUGCUGGAGCGCAAGGUGCUGGACAAAGGGCCCGACCCCCUAUUGCCCAGCGAGUGUGACCCCAUCAUCUCCCCGUCCAUGUUCAGAGAGGUCAUGAACGACAUCCCCAUCAGGUUGUCCCGCAUCAAGUACAAAGAGGAGGCCCGAAAGCUCUUAUUCAAAUAUGCCGAAGCUGCCAAGAAAAUGAUUGACUCGAGAAACGCCACACCAGACAGCCGAAAGGUUGUGAAAUGGAAUGCGGAGGACACCAUGAACUGGCUACGGAGAGACCACUCGGCCAGUAAAGAGGACUACAUGGAUCGUCUGGAUCACUUGCGGAAACAGUGUGGUCCCCACGUAGCGGCAGUGGCCAAAGACUCUGUGGAGGGGAUCUGUACGAAGAUCUACCACAUAUCAGCAGAGUACGUGCGACGCAUUCACCAAACCCACCAGGCGCUGCUGAAGGACUGCAACGUGUCGGACCCAGAGGCAGCCGAGGUGCAGGACAGGCUGGUGUACUGCUACCCCGUCCGGCUGGCCCUGCCCUCGCCGGCUCAGCCACGCGUGGAGCUGCACUUUGAGAACGACAUCGCCUGCCUGCGCUACAAGGGAGAGAUGGUCAAGGUCAACCGCAGCUACUUCGCCAAGCUGGAGCUCUUGUACCGAUACAGCUGCAUCGACGAUCCCAGGUUCCAGAAGUUCCUGUCACGAGUGUGGUGCCUUAUCAAGAGAUACCAGGUGAUGUUUGGCGCCGGGGUGAAUGAGGGGACGGGCUUACAGGGGGCUCUCCCCGUGCCGGUCUUUGAGGCCCUCAACAAGCAGUUUGGGGUGACCUUUGAGUGUUUUGCCUCGCCGCUCAACUCCUACUUCAAGCAGUUCUGCUCUGCCUUCCCCGACACCGAUGGCUUUUUCGGAUCCAGGGGGCCCUUCCUGAACUUCUCACCAGCCAGUGGCUCCUUUGAGGCCAACCCUCCCUUCAGUGAGGAGCUGAUGGAUGCCAUGGUGACACACUUUGAGAAACUUCUGGAGAAGUCCAGCGAGCCCCUGUCCUUUAUCAUCUUCGUCCCGGAGUGGCGAGACCCGCUGACCCCGGCCCUCCACCGCAUGGAGACCAGCGCCUUCCGCCGCCACCAGAUGUCGGUGCCCGCCUUCGAGCACGAGUACCGCAGCGGCUCGCAGCACAUCUGCAAGAAGGAAGAGAUGUACUACAAGGCCGUCCAUGGCACGGUGGUCAUCUUCCUGCAGAAUGCUGCCGGCUUUGCCAAGUGGGAGCCCACGCCGGAGCGUGUCCAGGAGUUGCUGGCAGCCUAUCAGGUUUGCAGGCGAGCCUUGGGCUCCCCAGGCCCCUCCUCCGCUCCCACUACGCCCACGCCGGCCAGCGCAGGGGGGUCGGGGGACAAAGACUCUAUUGCCGCCAAGACGGCACCCGAGCGAUCAGCCAGUUUAGACACAUCACCCGCUAGCCAGGACAACAACAGCAGUAGUAGUAGUCCUGUGGAAAAGACUACACCACCUCCCGAGACAGCCAGCGUUUAAAAGCAGGGGAGGGGACAUAGGUGAGGAUAGGGAGCGUUUUGGUGGUGGUGGUGGGGGGUGAAGACUACAAAUGGUGCUGAGAGAGUGGGGGGUGAGGAUUUGAUCCUCAACUGCUAGGGUGGCCUACGAAGGAGGGCCUCCUCCCUUAAAAUCGGUUUACUUUCUUGACUAUUUAAUAUUAGUUCUACUAGGUUUUUUUAUGAUUCUGGUCGUUAUUUACUGUAGUAGCGCUCGUUGCUUUUUAUCAAUGUAGCUAGUGGUUGUGGUUUACUAGGAUUCCUUUUUUCUAUUGGUGCUGUCGUCGUCAGUAAUUAUCGGGUAAUUCUAGUCCUUGUUCAUUGGCCUUUUGAAGUACUGUGCGUCCCAAAUGGCACCCUGGGAGUAGGCUGCUAUUUGGAACGCACAAAUAGUGACCUGCUCCCAAGCAGCGGGGCUUUGCUGUCAGUUUUGUUGUGUGGAAUUUACAUUUUUUUAUUUUGAAAGACUUAGGUUUUAUUGUUAUGUUUGUCCAAAUCCUUUAUAAUCCUUAAUAGGUACAGGAUGGAGAUGUGUUGUUGGGUAAUAAGGCAGUAAUGUUUCUAAUCCCCUUAAGCCGACAAAACAGUUUAGAGGCAACCCUUGUACAUACGACAGCCAUCAGUAAGUACUGAACAAGAGCGAUUCACGGCUUUGUAGUGCUGCAUUGCAUUGUGGACUACUGUUAAACAGGUCAGAAAUACCACAGAGUAGUACUUCCAUAUUGACCAAGUCCAUGCACUGUUUCCAUAUCUGCAGUUGAAGAAAGCUCGUCAAACUGUUAACCGUUAGUAAGGAUUUUAGAUUUUUUUAAAAAUCAAUACAUGCAAAAUACAGGCCUUUAAUACAUCUUACAAAAGAUGUAUUAAAUACAGGCCUUUAAUACAUCUUACAAUAGCAGUAUGUUGUAAACCAUUGGCUCGAACAACAGCAGAACUAUUCUUAUUUUCCUCCUGCGCUAAAUGUAAGUCCAAAGUCCAAAACUACGAAAUGAGUUGAACUGGCUUGUUGAGCAAAAUGCGUCCCUUCGCAUAUAACCCUAUCAACCUCUUUGAAAUAAGGAAAAGCACUAAAUGAAAAUAAAUCUGAUGUAAAUUAUACCCUCUUUAAACAUAGAUUUUUUUGGGGGGGUAAUUCAGUGAUUGAUUGUGUUCAACCUUGGUUGCGUUGUUUUCACAUUGUAGUGGGUGGUAUGACAUAGAAACAUAGAAUAGUUACGUUGUUUUUAAUCCUUCCAAUCGCAAUUGUAUUUUUUGUAUAUGUUUACACCAGUAUGAGAUUUAGAACGCAUCACUGGGCAGCACAAUGAAUGUAAAAUUGAAAAGGCAAAACAGAAGAUCAUGAUGGCUUGCGUCCGACAUGACACUCUAUACCCUCUGUAGUGCCCUCAUUUUGUCCAGGGCCCAUAGGGUUCUGGUAAAAAAAGUACCCUAUAAAGGGAAUAGGGUGCCCUUUCGGACGCAGCCCAAGUGCCUCACCUCGGCCUCAGUCAUCGAGCGGAGAGAAUUAAUGUAUAAAAAAAAAAAGAUGAAAGACAAAUGUUAUUGUACAAUUCCUCCAUCGUAUGACAAAUUCUCUGUCUUUGUAAACUAUGAUCAUCAGACACUGACUACUAUGUCAUCUCAGCAUAUGGUCUCAUCUAUAGCCCGAAUGCUUUGUACAAUGAGCUUAGACAGUUUCUUCUAGAUAGCAUCACUUGCCUUUGCCCCAUUUGUAUAUACUUAGUAGUGAGGUUUUUAUAGAGAACUACAAUGACUGCAGGCAUAAGGCUGUAGGAUAAGACAAGGUUCUGUUUAUGCUGUUGCAAAUAUAUGAUGGUCAUCUUUCUCUUUGAACAUAAUACGUAGUACAGUAAGUCUGGCAUCGCGCCCCAGAACCUGGAUACAAACUCUAGCAAUUCGUUCUUUGUCAUUUUUAGCAUUGAGCACCAGUCGCAUACCCUGAACCUAGUAUGUUUCUGUCACCAGCAAAACAAAUUGUAGAUAUUGUACAGAAAAUUGGUAUGAAGUGUGUUAUUUUUCUCUGUUACACAAUUGUAUUGAGCUCUGAUGGAAAAAACAAAAAUAAGUGUAUUGUCUUUCUCCAUGUUUUUAUUUUAUUUUAAUUUUUUAAUUUGAGUUCAUUUAACAUAAUUUUUUAAAGAUAUCUGUUUAUGUAUUAUACAGUUUAUUACAUAGAAAUUGUUUUAAUCUAAACCAAAGUGUUAUUAAAAGAAAAAAAAUCUAUCUUCUAUGUAAAAGUAGGUUUGUGUAUGAUUGCAUCAGUAAUGGCAAAGGUGUAACCAGCAAAAUUACUCCUUGAGUUUAUUUUUAUACAUUUUUUUGUUUGUUUUGUUCUAGUAAGAGCAGAUUUUAUGUUUGGAAUUUAUUUUGCAUGACACUUUUGACACUUAAAUCAUAAGAAAAAUGUUUAUUCUUAAAUCAGUUCAUAGACUUUUUACAUAAAGUAUGAGUAUGAAUACAUGUAUUUAUCCCUGUUUACCCUUAUGGUAAUUUAUUGUCUGUAGAUCAUUUGUAAUACCAUGAAUGUUUUUCUCAAUGUGAUUCCUAUGGGCAAGAAUCAGGAGAAUGUAAAUACUGUCUGUGCUGAAUUCAUUCAUGAAUCUUCCUAGUCUUCUCUCUGAGUAGAUUAUCAAUGUUUCUCCAUUGGAACCAGCAUACAGAUGCGCUGAAUCACAUUUGCUCCCAGUAAAAUGUGUCAAACCAUGUAUGUUAUUUGCAUUUUUAAUAAACUACCAUACCGUA